ACACGUCGUGCGCACUAUCAUUUUGAACUUCCGAAUGAUUAUUAUUGCGGAAUAAUUUAUUUAUCAUUAUUAUUAUAUUAUUGUCGCAAGGAAAAAUGAUAAAACUUACUCGUAGUACGCGCACAGCAGCAGCUGACGACUACUACCGCGACUAUGAAUUUUCAAGUUGAACCUGUUCGCCGUUCGACUAUCGUCGUGUAUUUGCGUUUUCUUUAAAUCGUCUGUCGAUCCGAUCGAUCGCAAACUGCAGUAAAACGAUUCCGAGUUUGACGCGCCACCGCCCGGCCGAUUUGCUCCUUCGCCGCAAGCCUUACAGUCUAGAGCACACCAAUAUAGGUGUAUCAUUACAACAUCGCCGAUCGCCGUCGCGUUCGGCCCGUACGUCGAUCGACAUUGGGUGACGAUGCAGUGUAGCAUUUGUCGACAUUUUCUGCUGUCGUUUUGUCUGUUGCCAAGUUAAACGGACGACUUCACCAUGCCUACAAACGGUCACGAUCAUGAAGAACUGGUGGUACUGCCACCAAAUGCCUUGGAUAUGAGAACAACAGGAGUGAAUAACAACAACAACAACAAUAACAACAAUAAUAACCAGGCGUUCAAUGUUAGAGACCGCUUGUUUUAUGCACUGUUCUAUAAGGCUACCUUAGGGUAUGCUAGAGUAUUCCCAAGAUCUAUGAGGAGGCUUAUAGAAUUUGUAUUUUUAUUAAAGGCUGUUUUAUCAUUUUUUGUACUUGUUUAUGUGCAUAUGAAUUUUUCACGAAUGCCAGCCAACUGUUUAGACCAUGUAAAAGAUGCUUGGCCUAGAGAUGGUAUAUUACGAGUGGAGAUUAUUCGAAGUUAUCAACGUAGUUAUGCAGAACAAACAGGCACGAUAAAUGAUUUGUUCACCGUGGAAAAGUCUUAUGAACGUGAAUACAAACUAAAACGUUUAGAUUCUAGUGAAGAGCAAUCGACAUUGUUAAAUCGCUAUACUAAAGCUAAUAAUCCCGAGAACAAAAGAGAUGUUGAUAUUGAACCAUCAACCGAAGAAUUAGAUGAAAAUAAAUUUCAAGAGACUAGUACCCCAAAACCUAACUUGUUUAACUACGUGUCAUUUGCAAAUUACUUAAGUGUUGGAGAUGAAAAAAAAGAAAUGUUUAGCAGUACUAGUAAGAUGAAUCGUCAUUCCACCAGUAAAUCAAAUUUCUCACUUACAGAAGACUCAGCACAAUUUCGUUCUACCAAGUAUCCAAAUAGUUCUAUCAGAGGUGUAUUGGGAAUUGAUAGUAAUUCAUUACUCCAGUCUCCAAGUACCACAUUACCUCCAAUUGACGACAAUGAUGGAAUAUUUUAUGAGAAUUACAUUGUUGAAUAUUCUUUGGAGUAUGGGUUUUUGCGUUUGUCACCCAAUGCUAGAACUCGGUUAGGAAUUCCAGUAAUGCUUGUAGCCCUAGAGCCCACUCGAAACAAAUGUUUUGGUGAUUCAGUGGGACAGUUUUUCUUGGAGUAUUUUCUUGGCUAUGACGACUUACUGAUGUCCUCCGUUAAAUCACUAGCUGAAAAUGAACAAAACAAAGGAUUUCUGAGAAAUGUUAUUACUGGAGAACAUUAUAGGUUUGUGAGCAUUUGGAUGGCUAGAACGUCAUAUAUUGCAUCAUUCUUUAUAAUGGUUGUGUUUACUGUAUCGAUUUCUAUGCUCUUGAGGUACUCGCAUCAUCAGAUAUUUAUUUUCAUAGUUGAUUUACUGCAGUUAUUAGAUUUUCACGGUUCACUCUCUUUUCCGGCGGCGCCACUUUUGACUGUCAUACUGGCUUUGGUCGGCAUGGAGGCUAUAAUGUCGGAAUUUUUCAACGAUACCACUACGGCGUUUUACAUCAUAUUGAUCGUCUGGGUUGCUGAUCAAUACGAUACCAUAUGCAGCCAUUGUCCGAUCACGAAAAGGCAUUGGCUAAAGUUUUUCUAUCUGUACCACUUUUCUUUCUACGCUUACCACUAUCGGUUCAAUGGUCAGUACAGCAAUUUGGCUCUCAUCUGUUCGUGGUUCUUCAUUCAGCAUUCCAUGAUUUACUUUUAUCACCACUAUGAGCUGCCGUAUGUGCUGCAGCAAGCCCAACUGCAGCAGGUGAUCAUCCAGCGGCAACAGCAACAGCAUCAUCACCAACAUCAACACCAACACCAGCCAACUGGCGGGGAUUCUUUGCGGCCUGAAGGCAGAAAUCCUAUGGAGGUGACCAUCAGGCCGGUUGUUCAGAACUUUAGCCUGAUGAAUGGACUAAAUAACCUUGGACGUUUGCGGACGGUGCUGUUGCGCCGGAGGAGGGUGAGGACUUUCGAGCCACCACCGCCGCCGCCUAACCCAACCCCAGUUACUCAACAGAACACGUCUCCACAGUCUCCGCGGACGCCUUCUGAUACGACCGGAAGUGCUAGUUCGGAAAACGUUACGGCAGCGGCGCCCACUGUCACAAUGCAAUAGUGCGCUUUUAUACCCUCGAUGAGCUGCCAAACUACCUACCACCUAUAUACCUUACAUACCUAUCUUACUUACCUAUAAUACUCCUACUACAACAACAGUAACCACUACUACCAUAACGACGAUGACAGCAAUUGCUACUACUGCUCCUCCUGCUAUUAUUGUAAUACAGUUUUUACAAUGCCGCGCAGAUUAAAUUAUAAUAUAUAUAUAUUAUAUAUUAUAAUAAACACAUUAACGCUCUAUAAUCUGUGAUAUAUGAUACACGUGUGAUAAUGGUGGUGAUGACGACGAAGACAUGUAAAACGAUGUAUAUAAUAUGUAUAUAUAUAUCACGGGAUUCGAAACGGCAGCGGCAUAUGUAUAGCGAUCGUAUAAUAAUUAUUAUAUAUUAUGUUGCUUUUGUUAUUAUUAUUAUUAUUAUUAUUAUUUUGUAUUUUAUAUUUACUUCUUCUGAAAACGGUACAAGUGAGCGUCCGGAGUUCAUCGUUUGUACGAUAAAUAAUAUUUAUCAUAUUGUAAUAAUAUUAUGUUAAUCGCCGUUCGCACAAAUUCAUUCGCGUGAUUGCGGGGCCAAGUGAAAUUGUGGUUGCUCUGCUGCUGUCGUCUUGCUGUGACGGUGAAAGUAGUAUCGGAAAAUAUAAGUGGUGACGGAGCCCGGGAACGUUUUUUCUUAUUUUAGGGUUGUAUUUGUUUUUAUUUUCACUCUACCUAGUUUGUAAAUUACGAUUGUAUAUUUCUUUUUGUUCUAUAGCAUUUGUAAUUAAUAUAUAUAUUUAUAUAUAUUAUAUGUUAAUUAUUAUAUGCCACUUGUUAUUUUAAAAUAUUGAUAUUAUUAUAUAAUUAUACCGCCGUACUAUAAUAUAUCGUGCAGUGUAUAUGUUGUGUAUGACGUGUACGUAAUUUUUUCGAACAUUCAAUUAUAUUAUAUAAACAUGUA